AUGAAUCAGUUUAACACAGCUCUGCUUCGAAAAGCUGUCUGGCAGAUGGUCCAAAAACCAAAUAAAUUAUGGGUCAAUGUUUUUGAGCAUAAAAUCAUAAAUAUAUCCAUCAUCCGUUUGUCCUUAACAUCCAAGUGCAUCAGUAGGAUUCCCCGAUCUGGAAAGGCAUAUUAUGUGCUAGAGAUCAAGUUGGGCAGCGGUUCAGCUUCCAAAUUGGCAACGGACAAUAGCUUGAACCUGGAGCGUUUGUAUACUCCUCUUCCUGAUUCAGUUUCACAGUCUCUGUUGGCGAUCCCUCAUAUUUUGUGUCCGACUCAUCGUGAUGCUUGGAUCUGGAAGGUGGGCAAUACUGGGAUUUAUAGUGUUACAGAUGCUUAUGCUUGGCUCAAUGAUGCUCAUCAUGAUCAGCUAGAGGAUCGUAAGAUUGGUUGCGUUUGGAAGCUCCAAGUGCCUGAGAAAGUGAGAAUGUUUGUUUGGUUAAUCGUCCAAGAUGCAAUUCAGCGUCUGGGUGCAACUAAUUGGCCCAAUUUCAGGUGCUCCAAAAUCUCGACCUGGGCGUCUUCCCUGGCUCGUGGUUCCCAGGGAGUUAAAAUUUUAGCUAGUUUGUGGACUUCCUGGAAAUUGCGCUGCAACUCUUUACUGGACCCUCAACCCUGGCCCUUUGAGGUGGCAUGGCGGAAGUUAUUGCAUGACCAUGAUGAUUGGGUACGGAGCUUCGCUACAAGCAACUUGCUCCUUGCAAAUGUCUGGUUUCCUCCGCCGCUGGAUGUGGUGAAGUGCAACUCCGAUGGAAGUUUUCGGGACAUGGAUCAGAGGAUAGGUGGCGGCGGGGUUAUUCGCGAUCACCAUGACAAGUGGGUUGCGGGUUGUUUCUCUGGGGUUGCUGGAGACAAUGCGUUUAGAGUCGAGGCUGUGGCGAUGCGGGAUGUGCUCCGUUUAGCUUGGCACCGUGGCUUCAGGCGUGUUAUCUGCGAAGUUGAUUGUUCGGUUCUUGUGAGCACCUUAGCAGAUACAACAGCUAUUCAUAUGCAUUAUGAGUUUCCUGUGAUGGUCCUGGAUCCGCCACUGAAUGUCCUAGCUGACUAUUUGGCUAGAAGGGGUGCAACUGCUCGUGCGUUUGGGGCUUGGAUCCUUGAUUUCCCUGAUCCUAAUGUGGAGUGCCUUCUGUUGAAAGACUCGCUUUCUAUUCCUUAG